AUUUGUUUCCCUACAUGUUAAAAUUAAAUAUUUAGCAGCAAGAUUUCUAUACCUAAUCUUUUAUUAUAGUUUCAAAAAUUAAUAUAAAACAUAAUUAAUAAUUUAAAGGUUGUAAAUAAAAAUUAAGAUGUAAUAUGAAUGGCUUUAUUUUAUUUAUGUUAUGAAACUUAAAUUGUUUCACUUAAAUUAACAUAAAACAUCAGUUAUUAUGAAACAGAAAUAUUAAUAGUAAUAAAGACCAUAUCAAUUUCCAUAUUUAACUUCCAUAUACCUUAUUUAAGACCUUUAAAUCUCCAAGACUAAAUCCAACAUAAAAUGGAAAGUAUUUUAAUUUUCCUGUAAGUUAACAUAUCAUUUAAGGAAGGAAAUAUAGAAAAUAUUUACAGUUCAGGAAUAAAAUCCUAUAGUUCCACAAUUUUAUAUAUUUCCAUAUAUGUCACACCGAAUUUUGAUGUAUAAAAGAACCAACGCAACUAAGAAAAACAAAAUAUCUAAUUAAUCACACAAUUCUUCCUCCUCAACAACCCAAAACAUUGAUAACCUCUGUGAGCAAUGAUGAGAGGUGCUGCUUCGACCGAAGUAGCAGCAGUCAUCGUAAUAAUGCUAGCGGUAUUGAACCAAUUAGAGAGUGCUACCGCUAAUGCUUCAUUAUCAUCAAACAAAAGUUCUUGUAAUAUUUAUAGAGGAAGUUGGGUCUACGACAAUUCUUACCCUCUCUAUGAUUCCAAGUCUUGCCCUUUCAUCGAGCGACAGUUUAAUUGCAAGUCCAAUGGUCGCCCCGACCAAGGUUACCUCAAGUAUCGUUGGCAACCAUCCGGUUGCAAUAUCACAAGAUUCAACGGCUUAGAUUUUCUGGAAAGAUUGAAAGGGAAGAAACUCAUGUUCGUAGGCGACUCACUGAGUUUAAACCAAUGGCAGUCUCUAACGUGUUUGCUCCACAACGCCUCACCAAUAGCUAAAUUCACCAUGACUCGUUCCCCUUCUGGCCUCUCCGUCUUCUCCUUCCCCGCUGACAAUGCAACGAUUAUGUUCUCCAGAAAUGCGUUUCUGGUGGAUAUAGUCGGAGCUCCACCAAAGCGAGUGAUGAAGCUCGACUCAAUCUCGACCGGUUCGCUGUGGAAAACCGCAGACGUUUUGGUCUUCAACUCUUGGCAUUGGUGGCUUCACACCGGCAGAAAACAACCAUGGGACGCAAUUGAGUAUGGAAAUGUAACGGUUAGAGAAAUGGACCGAUUAGUGGCGUAUGAGAAAGCCAUUAGAACUUGGGCUAUGUGGAUUGAUCAAAACAUUGAUCCUUCUAAAACUAAAGUCUUUUUCCAAGGUGUCUCUCCUGACCAUGCCCGGUCAAACGAUUGGUCGAAGCAAGGUGGUAAUGGCAGCUGCAUUGGAGAAACAAAGCCGGUUACGGGAUCAAACUAUCGGGUAGGGCCACACCCAGCAGAAAUGGUGGUGGAGAAAGUUAUCAAGACCAUGAAGAAUCCGGCGCGGUUAAUAGACGUGACAUUAAUGUCUCAGUUAAGGAAAGACGGACAUCCUUCGGUCUAUGGAUUCGGUGGUCACAAGAACCCGGAUUGUAGCCACUGGUGUCUUGCUGGAGUUCCAGAUAGCUGGAACCAGCUAUUGUACUCUGAGUUGUUUCAUUCUUGAUUCCUGAUGGAUAUAGAGAGUCUCGAACAUAGCUCAAUUCAUUAUUGUACUGUGGUUAUUUUGAAUAAAUUAUGGCCCAAGUCAUUUCGGCU